ACAUAAAAGAAAAACACGCAACUCCCACGUCUUCCCCUUUCCGACAGCAAGCUUACUUAACAGUUAAUCAAGUUAGAUUGACUUUCCUCCAUUGCUACUAAUCUUUUUAACUUUUUUUUCUAUUUUUGCCCCAAAUCUUUUUGAAAUUCUUAUAAAUAGCCCAACACUUCUUCUUCUUCUUCAUUCCGCUUUGUCUUCCUCCUCCCAAAUCUCCGGCGACAAUGGAAUGUUCUGCACCUGCUCCCAAGCUUUACCCAUCCGUCGACGCUUCAACCACCGAAGCUCCUCUCCCAAACUCCUCCUCUUCUUCCUCUUGUCCUAACAACAAUCUCUAUCCUUCAAUCAAUGUGAACGAUCUCGUCAACAACAUCCUCCCGGAUCCAACCGUAUCCGACUCUGCUUCAGCUCCUCCUCUCGCGACGGAGGAAGUGCUUCUCAAAAUCCACGGCGCGAUUCUCCACCUCAUCGACAAAUCUUACAGCGUGGAGCUCGCCUGCGGCGAUCUCGAGAUCCUCCGUCUUGUUCAGGGAGAUAUCACCGUCGCGGUUUUUGCUCGCGUCGGUGAUGAGAUCCAAUGGCCGUUGACUAAAGACGAGCCAGCCGUUAAAGUCGACGAGUCUCAUUACUUCUUCUCGCUCCGACCCGUUAAAGAAUCAUCCAAGUCAUCGGAUCAUUCGACUGACGAAGCAGAGAACAACGAGAUGCUGAACUACGGAUUAACAAUCGCUUCCAAAGGUCAAGAUCUUGAGCAGCUAGACAAGAUCCUAGCCGACUACAGCAGUUUCACGGCUGAGGAGAAACAGAACGCGUUGGAUUUGACGGCGGCGAAGGAGACGUCACCGGAGGAGCUGAAGGGAAAGAGGAAAAAGAUGGUGCAGAAGCAAUGUACGGCUUAUUGGACGACUCUGGCUCCCAACGUGGAGGACUACAGUGGAAUUGCGUCGAAAAUGAUCGCUGCUGGUUCUGGCCAGUUGAUAAAAGGGAUUUUAUGGUGUGGAGAUGUCACUAUGGAUCGGCUCAUGUGGGGAAAUGAGUUCAUGAAGAAGAAGUUGUCUAAAGCAGAUAAGGAGAGAGAAGUUAGUCCUACAACUUUGAAACUUCUCAAAAGAGUGAAGAAGAUGACGAAAAUGACAGAGAAAGUGGCCAAUGGUGUGCUCUCUGGUGUUGUCAACGUUUCUGGAUUCUUCUCGAGUUCUGUGAUUAAUAGCAAAGCUGGGAAGAAACUCUUUGGUCUUCUUCCUGGAGAAAUGGUUCUUGCAACACUUGAUGGAUUCAACAAGGUUUGUGAUGCUGUUGAAGUAGCUGGAAGGAACGUUAUGAAAACAUCUUCCACUGUCACUACCGAAAUCGUCGAUCACAAGUAUGGAGCUAAGACAGCACAGGCGACAAAUGAAGGGCUUAGCGCAGCAGGGCAUGCUUUUGGAACUGCAUGGACCGUUUUCAAGAUCAGACAAGCUCUUACUCCCAAGAACGCCAUGAAGCCAUCAUCACUGGCUAAAACCGCACUUAAAACGGCAGUUAUAGGAAAAAUUAAGGGGAAAAAGAGUUCUUAGUAGAGGCUGAUGGAUGUUGUGUUGUUUGUACAUCAUUCUUAUUUUGCCUUGGUACAUAAUUAAUUAUAAGCUAUAUAGGUUUCUAAAAGAUUAGCAGUUGAUGCAAUUGUGCUAACUGCUUAGUGUUUUGAUUUUUUUCAAGAAUCAUAAGAAUUAUAUACAGCCAUAGAUACAAUAUUAGAUAUUGUGUUUGAUUGGUAAUCGCAAAAUAGCAUAAAAAGCGAGUUUGGUGUUUUGUUGGUAUAUAGUUUUGAAGAAUUCAUUGAUUUUGCCUA